AAAGUCCUGAUUUCUUCAAAGGAGCAAUUUUUGGCAGUAGUUUGAAGUUCUGGUCAAAAAUAAAGGAAAAAAGCAUCCUGCAUUGUCAAUGAAUUAAGGACAAUAAAGUCUCCAAUCAGUCCCUGCUAUGUGGAUAUUUGUUAGCAAUGACUGAUGUGGAAACUACAUAUGCAGAUUUUAUUGCUUCAGGAAGAACAGGUAGAAGAAAUGCAAUACAUGAUAUCCUGGUUUCCUCUUCAAGUGGCAACAGCAAUGAAUUAGCACUGAAAUUAGCAGGUCUUGAUAUCAACAAGGCAGAAGGUGAAGAAGAUGCACAGCGAAAUUCAAAAGAACAGAGCGGGGACACCCAAGGAGAAGCAGCAAAAUCUGAAAGUUAACACUUCACUUUGCCCAUUAGCAGCACCAAACAAUGUCUGAAAUCUCCAGACAUGGGUGGAAUGCAUUUGUUUCCAAGAGGGAAAAGAGGAUAAAGGAAAUGGCUGUCCUGCACUUCAGGAACCUGCUCAUGAUCAUGUUAAAAAUGGGGGCAGAGUUUAGGGCUGCAGACAGACUUUUCUCUACCUCUGUCAUUAGCAAUGGUUGAAAUCAUGUGGUUUCUGUUUGGAUGUCGUUUUGUAUGGAUCCAUUCACUUGAUCAUAUGAUGAAAAGCUUCUAGAGAGUGUAGUAUCGACCUAGAUGAUGAUUCUUCCUGUAGCAUCUGGCCCCUCACAAUGACAGAGGAUUUAAUUGUGUCUACUUGCAAAGAGUUGGUUGAAUCUUAGAGUUUAAAACUCUGGUCUAAGUAUUCACCCAGUAAAAGAACAUCUAGAAAGCACUGUUUUCAGCAUCAUGUAUCCGUGUGUUCUUGCUGUGUUAUUCACCCUGUUUUGUAUUGUACAAUAUAGAUGCUCAGCACUGCCCCCCUUCUUCGAUUGCAUAUGAAAAACAAAAAUGAUGUACAUUACUGUGAAUUUUUAUACCACUCAUUUUUUAAAAGGGCUGUACUUUUCCCUCCUCAUAGUGUGGUGGUGUACACGGGAUACAAUGCACUUUUUAAAAUUUGGUGUUUCUUUUUGAUCACUGUAACUUGGUGAAUUAAGUCCCAAAAGACUCUUGCUUCAGUAUAUAUGUGUUUAAAAAUAUCCAUUAAUGUGAAUAUGAUCUGAAUUUACAGAUUUUACCUGGGGUCUCUGCACUGACCAGGUAAUUCAAUCUGCAAAAUUUUUAUCCCCAAAAGGGUAACUUUCACAACUAAUGUUUUUAUCAGCUACUUGGGAUAUUAGUAAAUAAAGUUAAAAUAAUAUUAAUGGUUAGAAAUAUUUUGCUCUUAUGGAUUCACAUUUCUCACAAGGCUUAAAUUCAGAGGAUAAUUUUCUCCACAAAAAUCACAAAAAAUGGGCAAAAUUAAUAUCUGCAAUCAUGUGGACACCAGUCGCAAAAGCUAAGCCCUUGUGUUAUGUUUUUCAUAUCUUUUUCAGUCCUCUCAUAUACAAAUGUUAUUACAUACUUUUUAAUGUUUGUAAACUUUUACUAAUUAUUGUGAAUUGCAUUCUGAUACAACAAUCAUAAUUACAAGCUAACAGAAUCCUUGAUUAAUAUUGUUGAUCACUUCUGCUGUGUUUUGGAAUCAUGGUUUUAUACAGAAAGUUUCUGUGUGAGUUGUGUAAUCCCUCUGGUCAGUAUUAUGAAAUCAUUUAUCAGUGAUAAUAAAUAAAGAUUCAGUAA